AAAAGAGACGUGAACAUGCAACUGGUCCAAGAGAGGAAAAACCACAAAGCUUCGCGGAACAGACGAUUUCUUCCUUCAUUGACUUGACUGUUUACAGAUGCUGUGUCCCCAGGAUGCCCGUGGAGACGCGCUCGCUCAGAGACUCGUCAGCCGUGGGUCGAUUUCCAAGCGUCAACCUGGCUUUGGCUGACGAUGACGAGGAGGCACCUGAAGGAAAGGACAAUGCGUGUCGGCGGUGGCUGCGCGGCGUCGGCCUGUGCUGCUGUCCCGAGUCGGAGGAGGACGACAUCAAGGACACGCUGGUCACAGCGGUGGAUGAUGGGGAGGCCGGCGAAAAACCUGCGACGGAAGAUAGCGAGCUCAGCGAGCUACCCCUCAAUGUGAAAUCAAUAGAUCUGAUGAAAAAUGGCAAAAUGGCACAGAACCGCUUGGAGCACCACACUGAUCUCUACCAAAGCGACAACUGUAUCGUGCGAAGGGGACAGACAUUCGUCAUAUGGCUCACGCUGUCUCGGCCUUUCAACGCCAACGCAGACAAACUUCACCUAGAACUGAAAACAGGGCCUCUGCCAACGGUGUCAAAGGGAACUCACAUCAUCAUCCCCCUGGUGGAUGUGCCGCAGGAUAACCGCUGGCAAGCCGUCGUGGUGGAGCGGGACGGCGCAAGGAUGAAGUUGUCGAUCAACUCCCCGGCCACCGCCGUUGUCGGCCGCUAUCGGCUCCAGGUGGAAACGGAAUACCCAAGUGGCCAGGCCAUUUCUGCGCACGAGCCUGCUAAUGACAUCCAUCUGCUGUUCAACCCCUGGUGUGAAGGUGACGCAGUUUUCAUGGACGCCGAAGAGGAGAGGAAGGAGUACGUCCUCAACGAUGUUGGACGCAUCUACUAUGGCACCCAGGACCAGAUUGGAGUCCGUACGUGGAACUACGGACAGUUUGAUGAAGGGAUACUGGCUGCAUGUCUCUUCAUUUUGGAAAAGAGUGGGACUCCUCCAUCUGGGUGGGGAGACCCUGUUAAUGUGGUGCGAGUUGUGUCAGCCAUGAUCAACUCUCGUGACGACCAGGGUGUUGUGGAGGGAAACUGGUCAGGAAACUAUUCUCAAGGAACAUGUCCCACAGUUUGGAGCGGAAGUGUGGAAAUAUUGAGGGAAUACCACAAAACCAGCGGCACGCCUGUUAAAUAUGGCCAGUGUUGGAUCUUUGCUGGAAUCGUCACUACAGUUUUGAGGUGUUUGGGCAUUCCCAGUCGGACUGUGACUAACUUCAGCUCGGCCCAUGACACCGACGUCUCCUUGACAACAGAUGUGUACCUGGAUGAGAACCUGGACCCCAUAGCUCAUCUGAAUGCAGACUCUGUCUGGAACUUCCACGUGUGGAAUGACUGCUGGAUGGCUCGCCAAGACCUGCCUCCAGGUAUGGGAGGAUGGCAAGCACUGGACGCCACGCCCCAGGAGACCAGCCAGGGCACCUUCCGCUGUGGCCCGGCCUCCCUCACCGCCAUCCGCAACGGUCAGGUCUUCCUCAAGCAUGACUCACCGUUCGUUUUCGCAGAGGUGAAUAGCGAUAAAAUCUACUGGCAGAGGAACCUGGAUGGGACUUUCUCGAAAAUCCACAGUGAGAAAAAGGUUGUGGGCCACCUCAUCAGCACCAAGGCUGUGGGCUCUGAUGAACGCAGCGAUAUCACCCAUCUUUACAAACACCCUGAAGGCACAGAGGCCGAGCGCAUCGCUGUGGAGACGGCGUGUCGGUACGGCUCUAAGUCGGAGGCAUAUUCGUCGCCUGCUGCGGAGGACGUCGCCAUCGCGGUGGCUAUGGACGGUGACGGUCCGCAAAUGGGGAGGGAUGCCAUGUUGACCAUCACGCUGCGAAAUAGCAGCACAGAGCAUCGCCAUAUCCUCCUGCACAGCCAGGUGGCGGUCAUGUACUACACCGGAGUCCACAAGGCCACUGUCAAGACGGACCACACCGACCUGGCCCUGCUGCCCACUGAGGUCAAGGUUUUGGAGUGGACACUUGAGUACAAAGACUAUAAGGACCAGCUGGUAGACCAGGCUGCCCUCAUGCUGACGCUGUCGGGCCGGGUCAGGGAGACCCAGCAGGUCCUGGCCACCCAGUUCAGUUUCCGACUCAGGACUCCAGACCUCCUAUUAAAACCCAUCGGGAAGGCCAUUGUCGGGGAAAAGAUGGCGGUGGAGAUCUCCUUCACCAACCCUCUUCCACAGGCGCUCACAUCGGUCAUAAUCCACGUGGAGGGUCUGGGCCUCGAAACUGCUCGCAAGAUUCAUUAUGGCCAUAUUGGCAGCCGGGCCGCCGUGUCUCUGACAGAGCACUUUGUGCCCACCCUGCCCGGGCCGAGGAAAUUACUGGCGUCGCUGCACUGCCAGCAGCUCACGCAAGUCCAUGGUGUGACGGACAUCACCGUGCAUGGAAGGACCUAUGGUGCUCUAUAGGGAAUGACUUUUCCUGUAAUAAGGAAACACUAUUUAAAGGUUGACAUUGGAUACCAAAAGAGGAAAAAACCCAGAGGGAAAUGUACGAUUUGACCUCGGAACAGACUGAAAGUAUAAGCUGGAGUCACACUCCAAAUAAUUAAAAAGGUGUCUCUGCUUGUCCUUGACAGGAGGUUUUUUUUUUUUUUCGGUAUGGUUAGCUUAAAAAUAUGUACAUCCAGUGGAAGGUUGUACGAUCUGCCAUUAGACAAGAAUUUUUCCAAGAAAAAAAAAUCUAAGUAGCUUAAGUGUAAACCAUGACAUCACAGCCUAUUAACACUCUGCGUGUGCUUUUUAUUCUGCUUUUUUCAGGACACUUGCGCCAAAACAUAACAGUAAAGCAGUGUAUGCUCCAGUGUAUGCGACCCCCCCCCCAAAUAUCUACCCUAUGGCUUGACAUUCACCUCCAAAAAGACGUCUCGGCUUUUAAUACAUUAUUUCCUGUGUGUCCACAACUACUUCAGAGCCCACCUUCAUGCACGCCUUCUCCAAUUUUGGACUGACAUUUGCAAUAAAAGUGACUGUUGUCGCACAUCGAUUAGUUCCAGCUCCAAUAACACUCUCGACGAAGGGAGUGAGCAAGCUAAAUAGUCAACGAGUGCCAUGGUUGCUCACUGAGUUGACUCACCGGUACACACCGCCCUAAGUGUUUUGGUGAACGAUUGCACGGUACGCGCUUAACCCAACCUGACGCACAACCUCAAAAGGUUCACGACUGCGUCCUGAGGGACGGCGUUCGGCUCAUAAACAGGCCAUAAGACUCCAGCGGCAUCCCAGCACUUUUGUUCUGCGUCGCUCAAAUCAAAGCUAAGGCUGAGCGAUUUAUUGUUUUUAGUGUUUCUUUUGCACUUAAGAAUGUUAAAAAGACAUGUGACUCGUUGCACCUUUGUCGCUUAUGGUUAAAGCUAAGACUGAGUGUUUUUCUUGUUUUUACAUCUGAAGGGUUAACAUAUUUUUUGAACUGUCCAGUAAAAAAAAAAAAAAAUUUGAUGCUGAUUACAGGCGUAAUGACACAAUGAUCUAAUUUGCAUAAUUUGCCAUGAUGCAUUUCCAUGUAUUCAUAAUGGAUGCUGUUGGAGAGAGGAAUAACACUGUGAGAAGAAGUCAGUAAAAACAAAACAUGAAAAGCACAACAAAUAUAAAUACUACAUAAGAAUGUUUUUCUGUUGCUUCUGUAUGUCAUUUUUUUAGACCGAGGUGUUGUGAGAUGAGGGAGGAGCCCACAGCAGCAGUAGGCCGGUAUGAUACCCUUGGGCAAAAAUAUCACGCUUUCAUGGUAUUACAAUUACAGCUCUAAAAUGUGUUAUUUCAAAAUAUCUUUAUUCUGUUCAACAGUCAUUUUUAAACAGUAUAAAUAGAACAUGAUGGAAGUGGAACAUAUGUAUUUCAAAUUAAUAAGAAAAAAUAACUGAAUUAUUUCAAAAUAAAUAAUAAAUAAAAUGCACUUUUUGAUGUGGUCUACUGUGGCUGAUCCCGCAACUCAUGUCACAAGACACACAAUAUUUUCUUAGUAAGAAAAAUUAAAUCACUGGCUCAAUCAACGGCUCAAGAAGGUCACAGCAUCAAUAAUAAAAAGAAAGCUCAAGUUUUUAUUUAUUUGGUUGUGUCACCAAGUUUCAUACAGUUGUUUUCAGCACAUUCAAGCCCAACUGCGAGGGAUAAACACAGGACAUGACAAAAUAUUUCCAUGGUUCCGCGCUGGAACUCCACUUUUUGUCAUCCCGAAGGAAUGGUAUGACGGACAAAUUUAAUGGCUUUGAAACCGCAACUCUUCCAUACCGUGGCAUGCCUUGGCAGCUCGUUGAGAUUUGUACAUGUUUAUGUCUUAGUUUCAUGAUAAUGUUUUUCAUCAAGCAUUAAGAUUUUGCACUCCUUUAACGCACACAUCUCUUGCCACUCUAAACCAGUUCAAAUCCAGGAGACAGCUCUCAGCCUCUCUGUUUUAGUCUCCAAAAGUUCCUUCACUAGAUUUGACGCCGGUGAGGUGAGUUACACAGCCCUAUUAUGAUGUUUUUAUGAAUCUAUUUGUGGUGGCCAGCCAUACAAACAGUGACGCUCCAUGUGUGACGUCCCGCAAAUCUUAGUAAAUCAAGUCUUUUUUUUUUUUUUUUGACCAACAGACAUAGAAAAACAUGAUUAAUUCCAGCAGAACCUAAAAAAAAGGCCUCCAGUGGACACAAACACCUUUCUGUUCUCCUCUCCAUUACGCAUUAUCAAGGGGUGAGUAGUUUUUACUUCAUUUAACUUUUAUGAUACAAUGCUACAUUUUUUAUCAUAGUUAACUCAUUCAAUCCCAGCCAUUUUUCAAAAGAAAACCCCUUCAGUACUGGCCAUUAUAGAUGAUUAUGACUGUUCUUCCAAGGCACACCCGGAUAAUUUUGUUCUAUAAACAUGGAACCUACCAAAAGAAAGAAGGAAAAUCGUUUGUUUCUACCCUUUUCCAUUCCUUAGUAAUCAGCAGUAGAGCAUAGGUAAGUUUCAGGAAAUAUCAGUUCCUGACUAUAAAAAGGGAGAAACCCAGCUUUUUGUGAAACCAUACAUUUCAAGCAUACCUUUAACUUUGACGAGGGAUGUCUGAUAAUAUAGGCCCACUGAUAAUAUUGGCCCGAUAUUAGCAUAAAAAUGUGAUAUCAGUAAACAUUGGUAUCGGGUUUUUUCCCGAUAAUGAAAACCGAUAUGAAAAAAAUGUCAUAUAGAUGGACAUUUUAAUGUUCACAUGCCCAGAAUGACACGACAGUUUGUUCAUAUACAGUGCAAGCCCACCUCCUUUCCGAAGGCUCUUGUAGUCAUGUCCGCUCUGACUGCCCUGAAGUCGGCUAGCUCCACGUUAGCAUCUGAGGCGCUAGCUGUUAGCCAUUCAGUGAAAUAUAAAUAAGCUGCAUUGCCUGAAGGUCUUGACAUUCUUGACAGGUCGUCUAUCUUGCGCCGUAGUGUUUCCCAUGAUAACAGAAGGUACCGAAGGCUUGAAUGACUUUCAUCUUAGCCCCGGCUCCGUUGACGCGCCGAUAUCAAAGGGUAGACAGGGAAUCACACCACGUAUAAAUGCGCUUAAAUAAACAAACAGAGCUGCUUGAAAGGCAGCCACGACAUAUAUAUACAUACAGAUAGAUAGAUAGAUAAUAGAUUGAUAGAUACAUACUUUAUAUCAGGGGUCACCAACGUGGUGCCCGUGGGUAGCCCAGGUAGCCCCCCACGACCACAUGAGGCGCCCGCAAGCCUGCUUUUCAUUCAGGUUUUCAGUUAAUAAUGUGAGAACACUAGAAAGAAAAGUAUUCUGAAACAUAAAAUGUGAGUUGUGGAUACCAGCAUUUUGUGAAUGUUUUGGUAAAACAAGCAUAUUUGAUCUGUUUGGGUUGAAAUAAGGUAUGAAAAUCAUUUCUACAAAAAUGAGUAGCUCGUGGCCAUUUUCAUUUUCUAAAAGUAGCUCUCGCAAGAAAAAACGUUGGUGACCCCUGCUUUAUAUGAUACAUACUCCAAGAGAAAUUCACAUUCAUUUCCAACAGCUCUGCAAAAAUGUCAUAAUGAACUUAAUUUUGAAAAAUAAAACAAUCAAGGCAAGACAUAAGAGAUAAGAAAAAUAAGAAAAUAGAAUAAGAAUAAAUAAAUAAAUAAAUAAAUACGGAACAGAUCACGUCAAAUUUGUCAUGCAAUAUACAUAAUAAAUAGCAAUACAUAAUAAUAAUAAUAAUAAUAAUAGUAAGACAAUAAUAAGGUGAUAAGUCCAGUCCUGUCGAGUCCAGUCCUUCCACGACAGGAGAUAUAUGAUGUUACAUAUAUCGGUAUCGGUUGAUAUCGUAAUUGGAAAUUGAGAGUUGGACAAUAUCGGCAUAUCGGUUAUCGGCAAAAAAGCCAAUAUCGGACAUCCCUAACUUUUUUGCUUUUGUGACAGCUCGAAUAUCUAAACAACUAUACCAUAACAUAAACAACACAAAAAAGUUUUUUUUUUCAAAAUAAUUUAUUUACAAAUAUAACACUAUGAACUAUUUACAAUUUUCACAUUUGGAACUGAACUAUGUGUGUGCGUGUGUGUGUGUGUGUGUGUGUGUGUGUACGUUAAAAUUUCCCUACCAUGCGUAACCUUCUGCAAGCUACACUCUUCCACGCUCUCCCACUUCCUCCUUCUUGUCAUGUGUGUUUUUUCCAUCCACAUGAUCUCUGCCGAGCUCUUAUCAAAUGCACUUCUCCCACCUAGUGGCCGUUUUUAUGGCUUAAAAUUGCUCUGCAGCCAAAUGCAUUAGUGGGGAGUUGCGUCAUCACCUCUUUUUGCCUCUUGCACAAAAAAAAACAUAAAAGAUGUAUAAAUACAUUGCUGGGAUUGGGUGUUCCGGUUUAUAAAAACAUAUAACUACGUCCUCGGUGUUGAAUGAGUUAAUAACAUUACUUAAGCUGUACCAUAACCUGUAAAACUAUUCAAGAAUUUAUGUUUUACUGGCACUAGUACAACUCCCUUUAGAGAUCUACAUGUCAUGAACAAAAGUUCUGAAUGUUCCAUUUGUACUUUUAAUGAAUACAUCAUCUUCUUUGUACAGUUUUUGGCUCUAGGUGAACACCGGCAUAGUGGAGUGGGUACGAGGUGAGUUAAGAGACACUCUCUACCGUGGUAGAAAAGAGCCAAAGAAAAGGUGCUGUCUGACCUUGAUGAUGUUUUCCCUUUGUUGCAUUCUAUUACGCUCCGUUUCGCGCACGGCGUCUACCUUGUCUCAUGUCUUGACUGGAUACCCUCCAUUAAUGAGGGUCGCAUGCAGCCUUUUCUGCUCAUGAUAACCUGACAGAAUGUGGUGGGCGACCACAAGAAUGCUUCCAAUGUCAAAACACGUGCGCUGCAUCACAUUAAAGUGGAAGCAAUUCAGUGGCACCCUGCCAAUUGUUCCAACUUUAAUUACUACAGUAUAUCAAUGUGUAAGAUGGAGAUGACUGGCUUUUAUGCUUGAAUAUAUAUAUAUGUGUGUGUGUGUGUGUGUGUAUGUGUGUACAUAUAUACAGUAUGUACAUAUAUAUGUCACUGAGUUGCUACAAUGACAUUUUAGCCAAAUGGACCAGUGUGCUGCAUCAUUUUUUCACUUUCAUUUUUGGGGUGUCUUUGAUUUCCCCCCUCUAUAGGGUGAUCAUUUUCAUUUCUAUCAAAUUAUGUAGCAUCAUUUUGUUACUAAUACAUCACCCACUUAUUAUCAGGAAAGAUAUUCAAGAUCAUUUUUCCCCCAGUUUAGAUCUGAUGUGUUUUUGAAGUGUUCCUCUAAUUUUUUGAGCAGUGUAUAUAUAUAUAUAUUUACUGUACAUACACAAAUACUAUGUGUGAGUAGUGUUACUGUAAUGUUUGGUGAGAUACACAAGCACCAGAUUCGCCGGAACAACAGGCUUUUAUUGCUUUUAUUGUUUGAAUUAUCUUACAACACGAGCUACUGUUGCGGCCGUAACCCAUACCAAGCUAAAACGCAACUCUGAACCCCUCCUACAUAUAUUAAUUAAUGAAUAUAUAUGAAUUUAUUUAAAAGGGCUUAUUAAUACAAUAUGCACGUAUCUGCAGAAGAAAAGGCGCUACAGGGCACGGCAUCAUGUAGACCCUGAAAAACGGGCAACAUGUUGGAGAAGGGACAGAAAGUGAGAAAAUAUUGGGCAAUGCUGCAUUGUGAACGAUGAUGAUGACCCAGGAAUCCUUACCCAGGAAUCAUCUCGGAUGUUGAAGAUGGUAUUAGAGUGAAAUGUAUGCAUAAGAACGUAGUCAAGAAGUUUUACUGGCCAAGUCCAAAGGAGGACUUUGACGAGGUUGUGUGCCUCGCGAGAGCACCACAACCUGUUAGCAAAAGAUCCGUACAGUUAGACAACAGGGUGUGGAAGUUAACAGAAAAGCAAAUGGAUUAACGAUUUAAAAAAAAUAGAAACUGUCCCUGAUUUGUAUGUUGGGUGUGCAUUCUUUUUUAUAGGAAAAUUAGAUGACAAAUUACUUUGAGGGUGAGAUUGUGAUAAAGUAAAUGAAUGGCCUUUUCUUUUCUUUGAAUGCAUUGAAAUGUAUGUUUAUACAAUGGAAUAUGACCACACUGUCACUGCUGUGUCCACCCUGUUAGCCUUGUAUUUUUUAUAUUAAUUACAUAGAAUGUAAUAAUAUUUUGAUUGUCUCCUUGGUUAUUAAAUUGGUGGAUGAAUUGAACGAAAAAUACUUUUACUGAUCAAAUCAAGGGACAUUUUAGGUCCUGAAAAAUGUAAAAAGCACAAUGGCUAUGCAUUAAGAAGACUUAUGACUAAAGAUGAACAUGUCCCGUAAACAGGGUGGACAUUUGGACUAUGCUGCAUGGCAAGAAUUUGGUCAUAAUGAUUAGAAUUCAAUAUUCUGAGCUCAACCAAAAUAUUCUUCUUGUUGUUUAAAAAGCCAUAAAUCAGAUUUUAAAAAAUUAUUCCAUUCUUUUUUAGGUCACAAUGCUGAAAUGGCACCGCCUGUCUUGAAUCUACUUCCUUUAAAUUUCACAUCCAAUUUCUGUCUGACCUCGUCUUCUUGUAACCUUUUGAGUUUAUUCAUUAGCGUUUCAUCUGUGCUCGAGUCCUGCCGCCUGUGCUCGGGCAGCGGCGGCGACACAUUUUCAAGGAAUAUUCUUGGGAAAUGUCAAAGCGCUGAGCCGUUUUGCAGAUGAAGCGCUAAUGUGUGGCACGCUGUGUGUGACGUGCUGAUUAGGAAGCAAGUGUGGACACUUCAUGUUUCACAUCAUCAACUUCAAUAUUCAAUGCUUUUUUUCCCCCCUUUCACGCAGAACAGUUGUUCCAUUUGUUGCGCAACAUGAAUUUAAUAUACCGUAAUAUAAUAUAAUAAUAUAUAAUAUUAUGUAAUAUAUUAUGACAUAUUAUAAUAAAAUAAAAUAUAAGAUAUAUAGGGGCGCAUGGUGGUUGAGUGGUUAACAUGUUGGCCACACAGUCAAGAGAUUGGGAAGAUCGAGGUUAGAAUCUCUGUUGGGCAUUUCUGUGUGGCGUUUGCAUGUUCUCCCCGUGCGUGUGGGGGUUUUCUCCGGGUACUCCGGUUUCCUCCCACAUUCCAAAAACAUGCAUGUUAGGUUAAUUGGUGACUCUAAAUUGUCCAUAGGUAUGAAUGUGAGUGUGAAUGGUUGUUUGUCUAUAUGUGCCCUGCGAUUGGUUGGCGACCAGUCCAGGGUGUACCCCGCCUCUCACCCAAAGUCAGAUAUAGACAUAUGAUGAUAUAUAUGAUGAUACAGUAUAUCUCCACAAGUUUGGUGAGUCUGUCGUCUUGCACAAUAGAAAAGGGCUGGUUGAUUAUCCCGUGUGAUACACUCUAUGAUUUCCCGAUUGAUGGCUUUCGCUCUGGGAAUUGGAAGUAUUGAAGGAAGAAGUCUUGGUUUUCCGCCUCGCAUAACCAACGCUUUGCAACAAGUUUAAUAUCCGAAAGAGACACCACAGACAUAACGAGGAGAGAGCAAGCAUGUUACGAGCCACCCACGGUUGUUACAAGCUUCAGAUGCGGUUUGAUGAGGUCAUCAUAAAUACGGGAGUCCAUAGGCCUAUAUGCAGCAUUUUUUCAAAUCGGUUGUCAUGAUAGGGAAAAAAAAAAAAAACCAAUAUUGACUGAUAUUAUAUUUUUAUGCCAAUAUUGGGCUGAUAAUAUUGGUCGGAUGAUAUUAUCAAACAUCCCUAAAUGUAAUAUAUAAUAAAAUAUAAUGUCAUAUAUAGAUAAUAUGAAGGAAUUUUCCAAUAUCUUCUUUCACGCUAUUGUGAUGGAAAAUGUUUAUUUUUAAAGUUGUGCUUGUACAGUGGAACCUUGGUUAGCGUCAUUAAUUACUUCAAGAAGGUCUGACUCGGACGCUAAAUGAGUAGAUUUUUCCCAUAUUAAAUAAUGUACUGUAAAUCAAAUUACAGUGUUCCCUCGCUCUAUUGUGGUUCACCUUUCGCCCAUCUGGGGAAUUUUUUUAGUGCUUCUUUUUUUUUCAUUACAGCGUAUGAAUGUCACUGCGCAUUCCGACCCGGAAACGCAAUUGGUUCUACGUACGUGCAGAACGCAUCUACAUCCGGUCGGACAACUUUUCAGCAGUCACAUGUUAGACAUGUGUAAUCUACGCCAUCUGUCGAUCUAUUUUACGGCAGUAUUAUGUACGUCCCCCCCCAAAUAAGGUAUGUUUGGAUGGAUGGUAUUUCUCCGUUUAGAAAAAGAAACUCUUGCUGAAUCCUCUACAUUAAUCCAUCAUAAAAAGACGAUAGAAACAUCUGCAUGCUAACGAACUCUUUUAAUAAUAAUCACUAAUAAAACAACACCCAAUAUAUUAUAUAUAUGAAGUGUGGUUAUUGACCAUUUAUGUUCAUACAUUUAAAAAAAAGAAUAACUACCACACCAUGUGACGUCGCAGAAGCGCUGUCCUAAAAAUUUGCAAAAGGAGGAAGUGAUGUCAGUCUCGUGCAUGCGUAGAACAGAUUGCGCUUCCGGGAUGGAUUACGCAGUUACAAUAAAAGAAGAAUUGCAUUGUGGAAAGUUGAGUGUCUCUCUUCCCUAGCGCGGCUGUCUGCGUCCUGAUUGGCUGCAGACCGUUGUCAAUCAGUCUCCGUCGUGCCGCCCUGCGUGUCUCCUGUGUCAUCUCUAGCUUGCUUGUUUGCGAGCUUGUAAAAGAAUCUUCGGUUCAAGGAGGAAGACUGCAGCAAUGUGUUUGAACAAGAAUACAAAAACGCUACAGUACAGUGGAACGGCGCCAGGACGAAAAGGCACGGUCACAGGAGAAAAAUAUGCGUGAGUGACUUAAUAAAUUCUUGUGUCCUACCUGUAGGUUGAUCAUUACAAUUCAAAUGAAGGUUUGAACUUUUCUGAGAGUGUUUAAACAACCAGUAACCUUAAAUAUUAAUUUAUCCAUUUCAUUCGUCAGUUAUAUGCAUGUAGAAUGGUUUUAUGCAUGUAAACUAUAUUGUUGAUUGUUGGCUACAUAGCGGACUUCUGGUUCCAGUUGCCAUUUUGUAACUUAGCAUGCUAGCUUCAUUGUUAGAAACCGACGUUCUGUGAUUAAAAAAAAUAUAUUAACAACACAGUUGGACUCACACAGUUUAAUAACACGACAAGAUGCACGCCGUAUUGUAUGCUAACUGGAAAAUGUACGUAAACUGUGGCAAAAUUUUGGUGUACAUUUUUGCCGUUAACGGCAAAACACGCUAAGCGGGGCAGACGCUAACCGAGGUUACACAGUAUUUAAGAUAAUAAUAUUCAUCGUUGUCCCUACUGACGCUUUUUACUGCUUUGUCAUUUCGGUGCAUCUCAUGCUAAUUAGCAGUGUGUUUCGUGCAAGCCACUCUGUCCAUGCUGCUGAGCACAAAUGUGUAUGCGAGCCGAUGAGUACACGUUUUAUUGUUUUUUUGUUUCCAUGUCUUUUCUUUUGACACUUGCAUGACAGUUAAGAAGGCUAAAAUGUUAUUUCAAAUUACCGUUGUAGCUCAUAAGGGUUUUAUUAUGGCUCCAGGUUUGACCCUGGAACAGAUCAUCUUCAUGAUAACUGAUCCCUAUGGAGGAAAACAACCUGGAUGUAGACCGGCGUCAAGCUACACAUUGUCAUCGACUUUAGAAGUUUCGUUCUGAUACUGCUAUGCUUUGCUGUGAUGUACGGAGCACCUUUUGUUCUUGACAGCUUUGUGCUCAGCCGAUGUCCUCACUGAAGACGGUGCAGGAGGACAUGAAGAGAAAGCAGCAUUUUGUCUACCAAAUUGGAGAUGGGAGCACUAAGCGAGGAGGAACAUUACUCCUCAAGCCAAGGUGAGGACAAAUUCUCAUACGAGAGCGUCAUCAAGCUUUGGCAGAAAGACACGGUGAGUCACAAUUACAGGUGUCCCCACACGCAGGCAGGAAAAAAAAAACAUUUGUGCUGUCUUCAUUUUGUAUUACAUAAGAAAGAUCAUUUAUCUACUGAAUUAGUUUUUCAUUGGUGAUGCACUGGUUUUCUUUUGGGUACUCUUAAUACCACAUCAUUCACAGCCUAUUAGUUUCAUUUACAACUUGAAAUUGUCUUCGGUUUAAAGGGAAAACACACAUUAAAUGCCAAAAUGUCCUUAAUGUUUAAAAAUAAACACAUUAAUAAUUGCAUUAGCUUUGCUGCAGAAUAUAAAUGGUCUCUACUGUGUAAAAAAACACCUACGUCAGCUUCACUUAGGACUAAAUUGUCUUCAGAAAUGUUUAAAAAACUUAUAAGUUAGCUUACUUGAAAAUAGUUUACUUCAUUGAGGACUAAAGUGUCUUCAGACUUUACAGAAACUUUACAGAAAAUGUCUUUGUUAACAAAAACACAAAUUUGCUUCAUUGAAGAGUUUACAAAACCUAAUACAGUGGAACCUCGGUUAGUGUCCGCCCUGGUUAACAUUUUGCCUCGGUUUGCGUUCAUUGUCCAGUUAGUGUACAAUAUGGCUUGCGUCUUGGCGUGUUAUUAUUACACUGCGAGAGUCCAACAGUGUUCUUAAUGUGUUUUUUUUAAAUACAAAACGUCCUUCCUUGUUAGCAAAAUGGCAACCGUAACCGGAAGUUACGUUGCUCGUCUAUGAUGUCAUCAGCGGUUGACACUCCAAAAUGUUACACAAAACACGUUUUUAUAAUUUUACAUGCAUGAAACAAUUCUAAAUUCGUAUAAAUGAAACGAAAGGGAUAAAUUAACAUUUAAGGUUACUUUUACCUUCAUUGAAGACGAGCCACAAUACGAUGUGACAGCGACGUCAACCAUUACCACCUUACUGUGUUCAGUCAUGUCAAGAAUCACAUCUUCAAUGUGCAGUAUUUAUUUACAUUUCUAAUUGUUUUCUGCAUGUAAACCUAUAACCUAUAAAAGUAUAAAAAGGUGUUUUGUGUUAAACACUUCUGGCUUUCUGGGACGGUUGGAUUUACAUGAUUUUUUGUGAGAAAAAUUGAUUUGGUUCCAGAUGAUUUAAAUGGGUGAACAGAUACAGUGUGCUCCCUCAUGCCUAGUUAGCUGCACUGAAAACUCGAGAUCAAGGCUGUCCAAUGUGGCCAAUAAUUGUUAUUGGCCUGCGGCAUAAAACAUGAAACAUAAAAUUAAACCAAAAAUCCCAGAAAAGAUGGGACUAGAGCAAAAAGGUGGGAAAGAGAAGAAGCUGACAUGUUGAUACUAACAACUAAUAAUAAAACUAAUCUUUGUGUGUGUUCCACAGCGGCCUUCAUCCGCGCAUGUGUCCGCACAUGUAUCCGCACCACAACUACAUUCCUCAUCACCAAAAUCCGACCAGAACUCGGCUCACGGGGACAAAGUGGGGGGUAAGUCACUUUCGAUGCACUACACUGCUGAUGGGGAUGUCAUACAACUUCAUGUCAAAACAUCCUAACUAUCCCUUUAAUAAAAGCACAUAUGUUAGUGUGAGUGAUUGACAGGUGAUCAAUCCAGCGAGAAGAUGAGCAGUGUAGAAAAUGGAUCAUAGCUUGAAUGAAACAUGGUGUGCCUCACCUUUGCCAAAUCAUAUGCAAACAAAUAUUGUAUAUGUUCACCUCCUACACUUGGUGCGGAAGCUGCAGAAAUGCACAAGGAGGGAGGGCGAGAAGGUUCUGUGUAGGCUGGGGAACUCCAAAAUAUUUCAGACAUGCUUGGCCUCCUCCACUACCAUGGAAACAUGACAAGAUUAAGGAAAGGAGAAAGACGACCGAGGAGCUUGUAGAAUUUAGAGAGCAAUAAAGCUAUUCAAUCAUGCCAUGCUGGAGCCGCUUGUUUUGACUAUGUGGGUGGAAAAAUGAUAAAACUUAUAGUCAACAUAUCUGACUUAUUGAACCAAGUGCACUUUGUUUGUUAUCAUCAUGAACAAGAGGGGCGGGGAAGCAACAUUCAUACUGUUCUGUAUUGUAUUGUUAUUUGCCUAUCAUGCAUUGUCGAUACACAAACGUCAAAUAUUGUUUUUAAAGCAGUUUUCAUUAACAAAGACACGCUCAAAGCCGGGUGGGACAAAAUAUCUACAUGGAAUUUUCUUGUGGUGGCAAUCACCUGCCAAACAUUAUCAAUAUACGAACAUCAAAUGUAUUUUUGUUAACAAAGACGUCGUUUGUCAGGUCAGAUAGAGUAUUGUUUCAAGUCAUACAUUAUCAAUGCACGAGCGUCAAAUGUCUUAGUAUUUUUAUAACUGUUCAAUUAAGACAUGAUACCUGAGUUUAAUGUCAAAUGAGCACAAAUAGCAUAAAGACAAUGACCGCAUAAACCUGGACACUGAAUUCAUCCUGUUUUAAGGUAAGCAGGACAGAUUUCUAUGAGAAAGAUAUUUAAAUUAUUAUUUUAUUCUGUUAAUUGUGUUUGAACAAAAAAAUCUAUAUUAUUGAACAAUUCAUUUUGCAUGUAUUUGUAUUACUCUAAAACAGGCAUCAAAUUCAAUUCAGGUUUGUGUCAAAUAAUGCAACAUUUGUUUCACACAAUUAAAGGCAAAAAAACAGUCAGGUUGGUUGGCCCUGCCAACAAGAUGUCUCUUAUUUAUUUUUGCCAAGCAGAAGCUGUAGUUGUUCUACAUUUGAUUAACGUUACUUAAGAUUUGUCAGCUCAAAACACGAUCACUGCAUAUGACUUCUAUCAAAACAUGUGACACGAGCGUCUAUUUUGGAAAUUUGCUACUGCCUGGUACGGCACUGUAAGCAUCAUGGGAACUGUAGUUCUUUUAGCGUAAACAUAAAGCUAAUCUCCUGCAAUCUGCAAUCUAUUUUACUAUAUCUGUUUUUAACUAUUUGUCAACAUGAGUGAUUAUUAGUAGCAGCAACAGCUGCCGUCAUUAUUUUACUUUUAUCUUUUUUUUUUUUGUGGAAAAAGGUUCAACAGUUAAACGCAUCAUGCUGCAAAGUUAUAAAACAUUUCAAAUUGUACCUGCAUUGCUUUAUGAUUCAGUUAAAUAAAAAUGUCUGUUUGACCAGUCCUAUAUUUUGUCAUUUAACCCAAUAUUGUAUGUCAUCUUGUCUUGUGAGCUGAGCGUAUCGUGACACCCCUAUCCGUUGGAUGUUACACUUUCCCCUACUCCGAUUUUAGCUUUUGUGCGAUUUUUAGGUCUAAUGUCUCAAUGCAUUUUGUCAAAAUGAAAAAUAACCGUACUGUAACACAUG